AUGGAUGGAGCCAAAGGUGGUGCUCUCGCCGACCAGAACAGUCAGCUGAUCACUUGCAUCGACGAACUCCGCAACAAGCGCACGGCAAUCGACGAACAGAUUGACCAAGAGGAGGCAGAAAAGGCUAAGGUUCAGAGCGAUCUCCAAGUGCUUUCGAAGCGCCUCGCCACCCUGAACGAGUCCAUCGCUCGAAAGCUCGCCGCGAGGAACGACUACGACAAAACCAUCCAGGAGACGGAGGCUGCUUACUUGAAGAUUCUGGAGAGCAGCCAGACGCUUCUCACCGUGCUCAAGCGCGAGAGCAUGGGACUGGAGAGGAAGAGCACCGGUCCCGGUGCCGUGUAG